AGUGUGACAUUGGCUGCUGGAUGGGAUAAAGAGAUGCAUAUAAAGAACUUUUUCAUCGAAUCAUCAGAGUCCACAAAGAAAGGCGCUCACUCUGUCAGGGUCUCCAGAAUGAUGAAUCUCUGUGUUUUCCUUGUGCUGCUCCUCCUGGGGUCGUGCUUAGCUGCAAAGUAUUCAAAUGUGGCCCUUCGGGGAAGAGCCACCCAAUCAGACCGCUAUGAGCACGCAUUUGGAGCUGCCUACAGUGCCAUAGAUGGAAACCGUGAGUCUCAUUUCCACGCUGGAUCAUGCACUCACACUGAUCAAAGGAACGGCCCCUGGUGGCGAGUGGACCUGCUGGACUCCUACAUCGUCACCUCCAUAACCAUCGUCAACAGAGGAGACUGCUGUCAACACAGGAUCAACGGGCUGAAGAUCCACAUCGGCAACUCUUUGGAAAACAAUGGUGUAAAAAACCCAAUGGUUGGUCAAAUUGUUGACAUUGGUGAUGACGAAACCUUCACUAAGACAUUCACUGAUCGCGUGGAGGGACGUUAUGUGACUUUGCUUGUACCUGGUUCAGGAAAAUUCCUUACACUGUGUGAAGUGGAAGUCUACGGGUACCGUGCCCCAACCGGAGAGAACCUGGCCGUUCAAGGAAAAGCCUCGCAGUCGUCACUGUUUGAAUUUGGUCUUGCAAACAAUGCCAUCGAUGGAAAUCAUGACAGCAAGUGGGAACACGGCUCCUGCAGUCACACAUCCAACGACAUCAACCCCUGGUGGAGACUGGACCUGGGCAAAACCCACAAAGUGUUUUCUGUGAAGAUUGCCAACAUAGAUACUGAGUCAGAGCGACUCAACGGAGCUGAGAUCCGGAUUGGAGAUUCCCUUGGGAACAAUGGCAACAACAAUACCAGGUGUGCUGUGAUCUCAAGUAUCCCAGCAGGUACUGUUGCUGAGUUCCAGUGUAAAGGGAUAGACGGUCGCUACGUUAACGUAGUCAUCCCAGGAAGAGAAGAGUUCCUGAGUCUGUGUGAGGUGGAGGUGUACGGCUCUCGCCUGGAUUAAGUCUGAAAACGUUCAAACUGCACGACAAGAACGUUUUGUGACACGAUGUUGUUUCUACAAUAACAUGAAGUGAAACAAUGGGCAAGAUUUGUGUCCAAAAUUGCAACAUUUACUAUUAAUUAAUCACAUUAAAUCAUUAUGAAAAA